AAACACCAUACUCCUGCGUCUUUGAUACUAACAAAAUUCUGCAAAUUUCCAACGCGAGCAAAAUUUACUGCCACUAAGCUCACCGGGUUUUGUUCACAAGGCAUUACAAUCCCACAGAGAAUGCAAGGGAAGAAGCACAUUGAAAACCAGCAAAAUUUGGCUGAUUUCUAUUCUCUAGACUGUGUUCUAACCAACAAAGGUUCAUUUAUCACAAUUCAAAAGGGCAACCUGCAAAGGAUUGUCGUAGAGGACCGCCGCGUUUCAAAGUCAAUUAACAAUACUACUGAAGAUCAACAAGGAGGGAUCAAUAUUUUGAUUUCUAGUGUUUUCACAACUAACACAGGAUCCUACAAGAUUGGUGUAUCCAACAUGAUGCACCUAGUGUUUAACUAG